AUGGACUGGAGCCGUAGACUCAGGGAAGGUUAUACAUGGACUGGAGCCGUAGACUCAGAGAAGGUUAUACAUGGACUGGAGACGAAGACUCAGAUCGAUGAAGAAUGUUCAACACUGAAAGAAAACAGACUCAAGCACCUGGUGACGUUACUGGCGCUGUUCUGCUUCAUCGCGGCGCUUUGUUUACUCAACAGCGUCAACGGGCCAAAUGUGGACGCUACAAGCACGUACGGACAGACAACCGCCUGGGUAUUGUUUGUGGUCAGUCUGGUUCCCUACCUUUCUUUGCCUAUGUCGCUAGCCAACUGUCUCGGGCUGGUUCUGUACAACCCAUACGACAGGAAGAAAUCUUCGCGUAUUCGAGUGUCGUCUGCGCCGUUUUUGUGUUUCCGGACAGUUACCAAGGGAGACCUGCCACACUUCGUGGUUGGUAACGCCAUUCAGAAUAGGGACAUCUGUUUGAGGAUGGGAUUGGGUAAUUUUGUUGUGGAAAUCGUUACAGAUAAUCCUGUUAAUGUGCCAAAGGUUGAAAAACACAUCCACGAAACUGUCGUGCCAAAAGAUUACGUCACAAAACAUGGAACGAGGUUUAAAGCACGUGCUCUGAACUACUGUCUGGAAAAUCACGUGAACCAUUUAGCGGUCAAUGAUUGGAUAGUCCAUCUUGACGAAGAGACGAUACUGACGGAGGAGUCAAUUGAAGGCGUGGUCCAUUUCGUGACGGAGGGGGCGGCUGACAUAGGACAAGGACCAAUCAGUUACGCCAGUGGUCACGUGGUUCAAAACUGGGUCACCACUCUUGCCGAUAGUAUCAGACUUGCACUCGACUAUUCUUUGUUCCGAUUUCAAUUUUCAUAUCUUCAUAAGCCAAUCUUUGGCUUCAAAGGAUCCUACAUUGUUGUUAGAAACAAAGUUGAAAUGGAUGUCGGUCUUGACUUGGGACCUAAGGGAAGCAUUGCUGAAGAUUGUUUCUUUGCACUAAAAGCGAUGGAAAGGGGCUACACGUUUGACUUUAUAACUGGUCAGAUGAGAGAAAACAGCACAUUCACCUUGAUGGAUUUCAUCAAACAAAGACGCCGUUGGUUUAUAGGACAGCUGUAUACCGUGCUAGGUGUCGAUACAGCGGCCUUAAACAAAUCCGGACUGAUUCUAUCGCUUACAUGCAGCGUUCUGAUGCCUAUAAGUCUGUCAAACUUAAUCAUAAGCCUUUUCCUACCAUUUCAAAGGCAUGUCAUAUUCAAUCUAUUGACCGGGUUUAUCGGUGGAUCAUUCUGGUUCCUAUACGCUUUCGGGGCGUUCCUGUCCUUCUCCGACCGGAACUGGUCGUACGUGAGGCGGUUCUUGGUGUGUCUGGCAUGUUGCACGUGCGUCAUGCCUGUAGCGGCGACCCUUGAGAGCGUCGCUGUGUACUGGGGUCUUCUCACAAUAAACUCUAACGAGUUCUUCGUCGUCCAGAAAGACCUUUGUAAAACAGUGAAAGAGUCGCAAGUUAAAGUGAUGUGA